AUGGCGAACACGUUUCGCGGGGUGACGGUAUCCGCCGUCAACAAUGACGGAGCUCUCACUCCUCGCUUCAAUUUUCCUACAAACGUAAACGUGGAUUACGAUCCGCAAGGGCUGAGUGUUAAAGUGAUACGUGCGGAUCCUGUUCUCGCCCAGGAGGUGCUGGAGUUCCCCGUCCACAAUCAAAGCGAGUGUUCGCGAGUGGCUGGACAAUCUUACAUUUUUACAAUAGAUAAUGAAACGUUGUUCUUCAAGUUCGCUUCGGAUAGUGAUUGUCAAAAUUUCCAUCUGCUGGUUACUAAGAUCAAAGCCGGACGGUCGUCCUCUGUUUUCACGGUGCGGACAGAGGACUCGUCGGCGAUGCAGUAUUUUCAAUUCUACGGUUACUUGAGCCAGCAACAAAACAUGAUGCAGGAUUACGUGAGGACGAGCACCUAUCAAAGAGCGAUACUCUCCAACAUUAACGAUUUCAAAAAUAAGGUAAUAUUGGACGUGGGAGCUGGUUCAGGGAUAUUAUCCUUUUUCGCGGCGCAAGCAGGUGCAAGAAAAGUUUACGCGGUUGAAGCUAGUAACAUGGCUCACCAUGCCCAAGCGCUGGUUCGCGCCAAUGGCCUCCACGAUAGAAUCACAGUAGUAGCAGGUAAAAUAGAGGAAAUUGAAUUACCAGAAACUGUAGAUGUAAUUAUAUCAGAGCCCAUGGGCUAUAUGCUUUACAAUGAACGCAUGUUAGAAACUUAUUUACAUGCAAAGAAGUGGCUGAAACCAAACGGUAAUAUGUACCCAACAAGAGGAGACCUCCAUAUAGCUCCUUUCACCGAUGAUGCUCUCUUUAUGGAACAAUACAAUAAAGCUAAUUUCUGGUACCAAUCUUGCUUCCAUGGAGUUGAUCUAAGUGCUCUGCGCACUGCUGCUAUGAAGGAAUACUUUAGACAACCAAUUGUUGACACUUUUGAUGUACGUAUUUGUAUGGCCAGAUCUGUCAGACAUGUUGUAGAUUUUCUCAGUGCUAAUGAAACGGAUUUGCAUCGAAUUGAAGUGCCAUUUAGAUUUGAAUUGACACAGUCUGGAACUUGCCAUGGUCUUGCAUUCUGGUUUGAUGUACUAUUUGCUGGAAGCACACAACACAUUUGGCUCUCUACUGCACCCACAGAGCCACUAACUCAUUGGUAUCAAGUGAGAUGUCUACUUGAAACCCCAAUCUUUGCAAAACAAGGCCAGGCAUUAAGUGGAAGAGUGCUUUUACUUGCCAACAAGAGACAAAGCUACGAUGUCACAAUGGACAUAAGUUUGGAAGGCACUAAUAUAACGUCUUCCAAUACUUUAGACUUAAAGAAUCCAUACUUUAGGUACACAGGUGCACCUGCUGCUCCACCUCCUGGAGUCAACACCACAUCACCUAGCGAAACAUACUGGAACUCCAUUGAGUCAGCAGGAUCAUUAAGUAAUGGCCAAGGUGUAAUCUUGACUGAUGGAACUCAGCAGUUCUGCUCAACUCCUGACCAAACUAUGGCAUAUGCUGCUCACCCAAACAUAAUUAAAACUGUAAUGCUUCAAGAGGAAUUUAUCAAAAGGAUUGGGAUUAGUCAAAACGGCGACAUAUAA